CCCACGUGGCGGCAUGUCUCUCCAAAACCCUAAAACUGAAGCGCGCUCUUCCCUGUAGCUUCCAAGGCUCGCCGCGAGGCCUCUCGCUGCUUUCUCUUCGUCUAAUGCAUCUCCACCAACCGCCGCCGCCUCCGCCGAUGCUGCGGCGGUGGCGUCAUCUGCCUCUCAAUCGCAAGAGAAAAAAAGAGGGAAAUUGUCCAAAGCUCUGCUCUUCCUCCCGGAUGCAAUCACUUUCCGACUUGGGACCUGGCAGAUCUUCAGAAGACAGGAGAUGAUAGAAUUGUUGGAUUAUAAGAAGAAAAGACUGGAGAUGGAACCAUUAAACUGGAACGAGCUAUCUUCUUUGAAUUACGAUUGGAAUGCUUUGGAAUUUACGGAGGUCAUAUGCGAGGGUGAUUUUGAUGAGAGUAAGUCCGUUUAUAUAGGUUCACGGUCGAGGAGCAUAUCAGGAGUUACAGAGAAUGGGUAUUAUGUUAUCACUCCAUUGGUUCCGAGGAGAACUGUGCGUGGGACGAACAGUAGAGGCAAAAGAGAAUGAAGGAAGCCUGCGGUGGAAGUUUUGGUUUAAGAAACCUAAAGCUUUAAAGGUGGAAGAAGACAUCCUGCAUCCAACACGAGUUGUGGGUGUAAUUCGAGGAAGUGAGGAUCCAAACAUAUUUGUACCAGAAAAUGAUCCCAGCAGUGGGCAAUGGUUCUACGUUAAUAUUCCCAUGAUUGCACGAUCCUGUGCUCUUACAGAGAAUACUCUUUAUAUCCAAGACAUAAAUGAAGAUUUCAGCGCAACCAAUCCUUAUCCAUUUCCAAAAGAUGUCAACAAAUUGUUCCGCUACUCCGUCAUGCCUCAAGAUCACUUGAAUUAUACUUUGACAUGGCACUCCCUCUCGGUUGCUGUAUCUUUCAUGGCUUUCCAGCCGAUUAAACCGAAUAAAUUACGCAGAUGAUGAAUCUCUCAGACUAUUUGUUGCUGGUGUUCUAGGAAUGUUUAAGUCAAAACCGAUAUUUUUAGUGUUCAU